AUGUUCAAGUUUAAGAAUAAACUCAAGUUUGGAACAUCGAGUGAGAAACAUAAUCAUAACAAUAAUGGACAAGAUACAAACGGAUCUCCCUCUCUGUCAAAUACGACCAAUACAACAAGCCCAACAAGUUCAACAAAUCCAACUUCUCAAACAACAGUAUCAACGCAAAAUGCUACUCAACUGAUAAAGGAUGAAAACGAGACCGGAUCUCGACCAACAAUUUCGGUCAACACAUUAACAAACGAUGUUUCGAGAUUAUCCGUAAACGAUAAUAACACCAAGAGCCCACACACUCCUCAGGAUGCCAAGCAUAAUAUCUUUCUGCAACCAGCACAAACUGAGUCGAAUGUGCCAUCGAAUUUGUCUCAAUAUAAUGAGUCCCCAUCGUCUUCUCAGGCAACAUCAUUAGGCCAAAAUUCAGCAUCUACUAGCAACUUGGACAGGGAACUGUACAAUAACUAUAAUAGUAAUGGUAACGGAAACGGAAACGGAAACGGAAACGGAAACGGAAAUGGAAACGGAAACGGAAACGGAAGUGCCACUAAUGGACAUAGUCAUGGUCUUGCUCAAGCUCAAGCUCAAGCUCAAGCACAACAACUGGGUACAACCAAUUCCUCGUCUCCGGGAUUGCUCACUGUCAAAAUAUACGGUUCACAAAAUAUACAACUUCCGAUUUCUAUUAACAAUAAUAAACAAAUUCUACACGCUUUGGCGAUAAACUCAAAUAACGAGGUUGUGGGACAACAAUUGUUGAAAAACAUGGGUUUAUUGGAGAAAGACAAUGAGUUUGGCGAUUUCCUUCCUGGCUCCAUCGCCACAAAUUUCUUACCCUCGAUUAUUUCGAUUCCCAAUGCAGAGAAUUUGGUGAAAUCGUUGCUUUACUUGACUAUUGAAUUUGAUAACAAUGUAUUGGUCAUCGAGCCACAAAAGGGUACCGUUAGUCAAUCCACUUGGAACCAAGUCGUAUCCUUUGAUGUCACAAAUAAACUGAACCAAACGAAAAAUAAUCCAACUGGUUCACAGUUCCUCAACUUGAACUUAUUUAUUAGACUUCCAAACAUGUUGAUCCCGGAUGGAGAAAAGGAGAAAAACAAGCAUUUGUUUACAAAUUUUCAAGAACAACAACAACAACAACAGCAGCAGCAGCAGCACAGGCUGCCUCUGUCUAGGGUACCCAACUCGCCUGCGUCACAGUCUUCUUCAGCUUCAUCGAAUCAUCAGAAUAUUGGAGACUUGUUGGUUGGAACCAUUAAGCUCCCAUUGAACCCAAGAUCACACACUCAACAGGUUAGGCUAAUACAUCAUGAAUACCUCAAAUUUUCCAACUACAAUGCAAACUUGCAGGACUUGGCCUCUAAAGAUAUGGGUGAAAUCAUGCUCACUAUUGAGUUUAAACCAUUAACGAAAAAGCACCUUUCCAUUGAAGAUUUUGAUUUGCUAAAAGUUAUCGGCAAAGGCUCUUUUGGUAAAGUUAUGCAGGUGGUCAAGAAAGACACAAGACAGAUUUACGCUUUGAAAACAUUGAGAAAGCAACAUAUUGUUUCAAGGAUGGAGGUGACACAUACCUUGGCUGAAAGAACAGUGUUGGCGAGGAUAUCCAACCCCUUCAUUGUUCCCUUGAAGUUUUCAUUCCAGUCACCUGAAAAACUAUACUUGGUUUUGUCGUUUAUAAAUGGUGGAGAGUUGUUUUGGCACUUACAAAGAGAAGGCAAAUUCACCAUGGAUAGAUCUCGUUUUUACAUUGCCGAGCUCCUUACGGCGUUGGAAAGUUUGCAUGAACUCAAUGUCAUUUAUCGUGAUUUGAAACCCGAGAAUAUCUUGCUUGAUUACCAAGGACAUAUUGCACUUUGUGAUUUUGGAUUAUGUAAACUCAAUAUGAGCAAUGAUGAUAAAACCAAUACAUUUUGUGGUACGCCAGAGUAUCUUGCUCCUGAACUCUUGAUCAACCAGGGGUAUACUAGAAGCGUUGAUUGGUGGACUUUAGGGACUUUACUAUACGAGAUGCUCACUGGCCUUCCACCAUUUUAUGACUCUGAUGUACCAACGAUGUAUAAGAAAAUCCUUCAGAAUCCACUUCGGUUUCCACAGUUUUUAGAAGGUACUGAUGCACAAGACUUGUUGAUUAAGCUUUUGCAAAAAGACCCAUCAAAGAGACUUAAUGACGCGCAGGAAAUUAAGAAUCAUCCAUUUUUCAAGGAUAUUGAUUGGAACAAAUUGUUGAAUAAGAGUUACCUCCCACCAUUUAAACCAAAUGUGGAGAACUUGCUUGACACUUCUAAUUUUGACCAGGACUUUACCAAUGAAAAGCCACAAGAUAGCGUUGUAGAUGACUUUUUGACGGAGAGCGUCCAAAAGCAGUUUGGGGGUUGGACCUACAAUGGAGACAACAUUCUUUAG